UCCAGGCAGCUUUACAAAAGCGGUGGUAAAACUUUGGAAAGCAUGGAUCUCAUUCCGAAUCAUUAGCAAUACAAAGACUUUGGAUUAUAUUUUUAAGGUAGCAAGUUGCCCUUCUUUUGGGGGAAUUUGCAAUGGCUCCUGCUAGAGGAGAAGAUCCGAGUCUAAAGGAACUUUGCUGAAAGCAGCUCAUUCAUGGAGUAAAGGGAGUCGUUUGGGGAUCAUGAGUACAGGAAUGAAGAAACCGCCGGUUGCCCCCAAACCCAAGCUGGUUCAACCACAGAAACCAUCUCCUCCCCCUAUCGCCCCAAAACCUGAGAUUUUGCUGCCCUCACCUUCUGCGAUAAAGAGAGGAAAACCUGCUGUUGCCCCCAAACCAUGCCUCACCAAAGUCAACCCUCUGGUUUCUCAGAAGCCUCUCCAGACAAGGCAAGAUCCAUACCAUACCCAGCAUCCUGCUGUCUCCAAAAACGGGGGUCCCGCUGUACUCCCCAUACCCCUAUCACAUUACAUUAUACCUCCCUGCCCUCAAGGUCAUCACCUUGGCAACAGCAAAUCAGAGGGUUCAAAGGAAAUAAGUGGAACAGCAGAGGUAGGUGUUGUCAAAGAGGGCGAGAGCCCAAAAGAACAGCUGUUCUACAAUGACACGUGGGAACAUGCUGCCCAUCCCGAAUGGGAACAAAUACAUACUCCCACAGACUCAUUUCACACUGACAUAGAGAAAGGGGAAGAAACACAUACUCCUACACCAGAAAAGGACCAAGCAGGUACAGGAAUACAAACUUUAGAAGGCAUUAAGCAUAAACAACAUAGCCUUGUUGAACCCCUUCAAAAACAAGACCAGUUUGUGGAGCAGAACAAGACCGGGAGUUCCGUUGCUAGCUCCUGCUCCAGUGGAAUUGUUGGCAUUUGUGUCCCAGCACCACCUAGCAAGCCACUCCCUGUACCUCACCCGCGACGCCCUCGGAGGGCACUUCUUAGGCAGAAAGUUGUGGAAAUUGCACCCUCGGGGGAUACUCAAGCAGAUACACUUGCAGAAAUUUCUGAACGACUUCAAACAGGUACAUCACUGGAAAAUCCUGCCAACACUUCAACAACAUGUUACACCCACACGGACGCACCCCUAAAUACAUGUUCCCCUAAAGAGGACACGGAAAACACGGGCACUGACUCUUCUCAUAACAUGGAUCCUUUGCACACUAUAGACUCUUCUCUCAGUACACAAACUGAAGACACGCCUUCUCACCUAGACUCCACCCAUUAUUCCACUCCGACAAAUGGCGUGACUCUAGCUUACCUGCACACAAAUGAGGAGGAGUCGUCACAACCUCCAGCCCCACCCCCUCGACAUAAGUCCCUCCCACAAAUGGCCUUAUCGUCUGUGGAUAGUCUACCUUUGCAUUGUCACUUGGAGCCUCACAGUUCUGAGAUUAAGACCUGUGAGGAUGAGGAAGACGAUGACGAAGAUGCCGGAGCAUAUGGAGAUUUUGCUCAAUACCCAAUAACCCGGAGUCUUCCAAAACAGAUUAAGCUCAGCUGUGGAACACAAAUUGAGGCAAUAACCAAGACACCUUCAGAUGGGGAGGAGAGGUCUCCGAAGGUCAUGCCCAAGAAGCCCCAACGGAAUAGCCUUCCCGCAUCCACUUUGUUGCGGAAGCAAAUAACCCCUCCGCAAACGCAUAUGCCUCCUCCACUCCCCCAAUCCAGCCCUCCUGUAUUCAGAGAUCUCCCCGCACCUCCUCAGGAGAAACCAUCGUGGCGGGUUGCCCUGCCUAGCAUUCCUCUCUUUAGCAGAAACCAACCGACUCGCAGUAACAGCCAACCAAAAGCUGGAGGUGUGGGACCUGUAUUCGUCAAACAGAGGGCAAAGUCAUUUUCCUCAGCUGAUCUUCAGCGAGUGGACAAUGGUUCCGGAUCUACUGAGCCAUUGGUGCGAUCCGAACAAGGACGUCGUAGUUUGCGAAAACUUUUAGAACUGCGCGUGUGUGCGCGCUUGCUUCCGAAGUUGCUUCGCAGUGGACAGUCCCUGGAUUGCACUCGGGCUGAUGCAGAGUACGAGGACCAUAAGGACACACCCUCUAACCAGGUCGCACCUAGCGAUGGGGAAGUAGCUCAGGGUGAUAGUGAGGCGGACAGGGAGUUUGAAUAUGAUAAUGUAUAUGAGAGGAUUCCAAAGUACAUGAACCUGCCAUGGGUUUACUCCAACCAGGACUCCGAUACAGGAGUAUAUGAGGAACAGGAACCAUGCGAGGUGAACAGAUGUUCGGGGAGCUGUGAUCUGUCAGAGGAUGGUUUGAGCUCUAAUGAGGAAGAGGAUAACAGCUCUAACUCCAGCAAUGAGGAAAUGAGCCAAUCAAAAGAUAAAGAGGAGAUAGAGAGGGCAAAGAAGAACAAGGUGGUCCACAUCGCCAUGGAGAUCAUGAGCUCAGAGAAAGUAUUUGUGGAUGUUCUAAAGCUGCUUCACAUUGAUUUCCGGGAUGCGGUUGCCAAAGCAACUCGUGCUAGCGGGAAGCCAUUAUUGGAGGAGAAGGUGUUGAAUCAGAUCUUGUACUAUCUGCCUCAACUUUACGAACUUAAUAAAGACCUGCUGAAAGAACUGGAGGAGAGAGUAGCCCACUGGUCUGAUCACCAGAGGUUGGCGGAUAUCUUCGUUCAGAAGGGUCCAUACUUGAAGAUGUACUCCACCUAUAUACGAGAGUUUGACCAUAACGUGGCUCUGCUGGAUGAACAGUUCCGCAAAAAUCCUCCUUUUGCCAACGUUGUACGUCAGUUUGAGAUGAGUCCUCGCUGUGCUAGUCUGGCAUUGAAACAUUACCUGCUGAAACCAGUGCAGAGGAUCCCUCAAUACCAACUCCUGCUUACAGAUUACUUGAAGAACCUUCCUGAGGAUUCGUCUGACUACAAAGACACACAAACUGCUCUUGGUGUGGUGAAGGAAGUUGCUAACCAUGCAAACGACAUUAUGAAACAAGGGGAUAACUUUCAGAAACUGAUGCAGGUUCAGUACAGUCUCAACGGUCAUCAUGAAAUUGUGCAGCCUGGCAGGGUUUUCUUAAAGGAGGGAACCCUGAUGAAACUCUCCAGGAAAGUUAUGCAGCCGAGAAUGUUUUUCCUGUUUAAUGAUAUUCUGCUGUAUACGACACCAGUGCAGUCUGGCCAGUAUAAAGUCAACAGCAUGCUCUCUCUGGCUGGUAUGAAGGUGAGCAAGCCGAGUCAGGAGGCUUAUCAGAAUGAGUUAAACAUUGAGAGUGUGGAGCGCUCCUUCAUACUGUCUGCAAAUUCAGCCACAGAGAGAGAUGAAUGGUUGGAAGCCAUCGCUAAAGCAAUAGAUGACUUCACCAGAAAAAAGAUUUCAUUCUUCUCCAGCAAAAGCCAAGAGUUGGAGGGAACUUCUGACGAUGGUCUUCCGCUUGGCUCUAAAGCUCCAAUCUGGAUCCCAGAUUUGCGGGCGACCAUGUGUAUGAUUUGCACCUGUGAGUUCACGCUUACCUGGAGACGUCACCAUUGCCGUGCCUGUGGAAAGGUGGUGUGCCAGGCUUGUUCCUCUAAUAAAUAUUACCUGGAAUACCUGAAGAAUCAGCUGGCACGAGUGUGUGAUCACUGCUAUAUUAAACUACAGCACAAGGGUGACCAAUCCAAUGUAACUGUUUCACCUAGUGGGCGGAGCUCCACAUUUGCAUUUUCUAGAAAACAGAAGAAGAUUCCUUCAGCACUGAAAGAGGUGUCAGCCAACACUGAAAACUCUUCUAUGAGUGGAUACCUACAAAGAUCCAAAGGUCAGAAGAAGCCCUGGAAGAGACUGUGGUUUGUUAUCAAGAACAAAGUUCUCUACACGUAUGCUGCUAGCGAAGACGUUGCAGCGUUGGAGAGUCAGCCGCUGCUGGGCUUUUUCCUCAGAGAGGAGAAGACUGGGCCGGCUCAAAAACUACAGUUUAAACUUUACCAUAAAAACACUCUCCACUACAUCUUCAGAGCUGAGGAUAUCCCCACCGCUCAGAGGUGGAUCGAGGCAUUUCAAGAGGCCAUGAUACUUUGACUGGUCUGGAUUGAAUUAAAUACUUUUUAAAAGUUGCUCAUCUGGGUUUGUGGACACAGGCAGUGAGUCAAGAAGCCACAAAUCAAUUCCAGUGUGAUGCAAUGGAUGCGGGUAGAUGUAGUUUAUACAGUUUAUCUAUCAUAAGCAACCUAAUGAAGGUAAAAUGACAAUGAGAGGCUGUUUAAUCAGACUGCCUCUACUGUAUUUUAAAAAUGUGAGGUAUUAAUCCAUAGUUAUUAAUGUAAUGUUUUGUAACACUGCCUCUGUGUGCCAUGUCCUUUUGGUGCUUAAUGUUAUCAUGAAACCAGCACAAAAAGCGAACAGGUCCUCAAAGUUCAGAAUCUGACUGGAUUUUGUGAGCUCUAAAUAUUGAAGCUUUUAUUGACUCCUGAUCUUGAAGUUUACCUACAAACCAUUUUUAAAAUCGAUAUAUAGAACACUAGAGUUUGACAUGAUACAUACUGUAACUACAGACACUUUGAACAUAAUUGGAGGCAUAAUUUUUUGCCUGAUGGGGAAAACUGUAAAUGUGGUCACAGGUGUCCUUCAUAGUUGAGUCUGAAAGUGCAUGGGCAAGUAUGACACGAGGAAUGGAGAUUUUAGGUUCAACUGUGAAAGUUGGGAGAAAGAAGGCUUAAAAUAAUUGGGCCUCAUUCAAGAAACCAGCAGAAGGAAUUUGUGCAAAUUGUUGAUAAAUCCAUUUUUACUUACAUUAUCGCAUUCAAUUACGACAAAAAACAAAUUUUCGUAAAUUGCCUCAUUGAAUGGGUAAAUCAUUCGCAAAACCAUUCUUACUAAAAUGUCACAUUAAGGGCCUUUUUCAUGAAAUGCAAGCAGAACGAGUUUGUGCAAAUCUUAAACUUGUCUAAGAAUUGUUUAAUGAAUGAUUGAUGUAAAGUUUUGCGUAAGAAUGGUUUAAUGACUAUUUACACAAAGGUUUACCUUAGAUUUGUUGGUUGAACGAUUUAAACAGAAAUUCGUUCUGCUUGUGUUUGGUGUUUGCCUUUUUAUUAAGAAUCUUUUUAAUGAUCUUAUUUUUUUUAUAAAACUCCUUUGUACAAAGUAGGCCUUUUAACUGAUGUUUUAAACCUUAUACUGGACCGAACUGGAAGUGUACAUAUUCUGUAAAUGGUAAUAUAAUGCAGGUGUAUUUAAAAUAGUUCCGGAUGUUUAGUGGCCUUCAUGAUUUACGGAUAGGAGAGACACCGUGCCAGGCUGGCUCACUGACUUAGUACUGUUUUUAACUUUUUCUAUAGCACAUUAUAGCACAUCGGCUGUGAACACCAAAAUAAAAGCUAGUGCUCUUAUCAGGAAAAGAUAUAACACACGUUUUCACUCUUUAAUUAUUCUAAAGCACCUUGUUCAGGAUCACAUCUCCUAACACUUUGACAACAGGAAUGAACUGAUGAUUAUAUUCACUGCAGUUUUCUCUAAGGUCCUCUGAGCACAGCAAGCCACUGAUCUUUUUUCACUGUUUAAAGUCAACACAUCCAAGAAAUGUUUUCCAUUGCUAUGGUUCCAUAUGGUCACUUUUGUGUGUUGGAUGUUUGUUUACAUUUGUUUUUUGAGUGUUUCGAUUUUGGCAAACAUUACAUACACUGUUAUGUCAAAAAAGUUAUUCCUUUUGUUUGUACCAUGUUUUAAGUGUUCCACUCUAAAGAUAAAUGUAUGUUUCUGGUCAUCAUGGCACUGGUUGUUCAUUGUUGCAUCCCAAAGUUGAAAUUGUGUAGAUCACAAAAUGUUUUACAUCCUAAAUUAAUCUGUUAGCAUCUAAGGAUUUCAAGGGAGUAGGCCAACGUAAAUGUAAAGUGCAAAUAAAUGUUAAUAA